GCGCCCGGUGCGUCACGGGAGCGCGCGGCGGGGCCGGGCCGAGCGAGGCGGGGCCGCUCUGCUCCCGGUCCCGUCCUCGUCCCCGUCUCCGUCCCCGUCCCCGUCCCCGUCUCCGUCAUGCAGGCGGUGGAGCGGGAUGGGGCGGCAGGCGGCCCCGAAGGGGCGGCGGGGUCUGGUGAGGCCCCGCCGGAGCCGUCGCCGCCCAAGGCCGCCGCUGCUUUCGACCUGCUGGAGUUGGUGCGGAGCUACCGGCGGCUGGAGCUUUACCUGGAGCCGCUGCGGGACGCCGCCGAGGGCGUCCGCUCCCUCCUCCGGUGGCAGCGGCCUGUAUGCUCUCUCCUGGUCUGCCUCGGCAUCAACUUCCUACUGCUCACCCUCGGCCAAGCUGCCUGGUACUCGGUGCUCGCCCUGCUGGUCGCGGUGCCAGCCCUGCUGGGUUACCUGCAGGAGACGUCCCGGGCCCGGCCCUCGGAGCCCGAGCUGGUGCGCAGGAGGUACCACAGCAUCCGCAGGGAGGAUCUGCGCAAGGUGCAGCUCUCGCGGCAGGAGGCCAUCGCCCAGGUCAAGACCUUCCUGAUCCAGCUUGAGGGGUUUCUGAGCGGGAUGUGCUGCAGCUGCGAGGCAGUGUACCGUGUGCUGUACUGGGAGAACCCCACUGUCUCUUCCCAGUUUUAUGGGGCACUGCUGGGCACUGUCUGUGUCCUCUACCUGCUGCCCCUCUGCUGGGUCCUGGCUAUCCUCAACAGCACCCUUUUCCUGGGCAACACCCAGUUCUACCAAGUGAUAAUGGAACUCAAGGCCUGUGUCGAGCAGCGUGUGGGCACCAAACCCCUCGAGAGUGCUCCAGAGCCUGCUGAACCCCUGCCACCAGUUGCUGCCCCAGAUCGGACCCCCACCCCCACCAGUGCAGAGGACCUUACCCCUGGCAGUGUGGAGGAAGCAGAGGAGGCAGAACCUGAUGAAGAGUUCAAAGAUGCUAUUGAGGAGGAUGAUGAGAGCUCUCAGUGCUCAGCAGAUUUUGACCUCAGCCUGCCAGACAAUGGUUUUAUGAGCAAAAACGAGGUGAUCCGCAGCAAAGURUCGCGCCUGACUGAGCGCCUGCGCAAGCGCUACCCCAGCAACAACUUUGGGAGCUGCACAGGCUGUGCUGCCACCUUCUCUGUGCUCAAGAAGAGGCGGAGCUGCAGUAACUGUGGGAACAGCUUCUGCUCCAGGUGUUGUUCCUUCAAAGUCCCCAAGGCCGUGAUGGGAGCCACGGCCCCAGAGGCUCAGAAGGAGACGGUGUUCGUGUGYGCUCUCUGCAACCAGGUGCUCAUCAAGUGAUGAAACAGAGCCACCCAGCUCCUGUGUCCUGCACUGCCUGACACCUGGGACAGCGGGCAGGCCCCUUGGCACGGGGAGCCUGGGCUGUUUGGAUCCCAGCAUGGCAUUCCAGAGGACAUUUGCACUUGCGUUGCUGCUGCCAGCGCCAGGCUGGAYGGACCAGCCCUCCUUGCCAUGCACCAGCUGGGCCCCUGUGAUGGAGCAUUGCCCAUGGCUACGCCCUGUCCCUGCAGCUGUUCCAAGCCCUGGGUGCUCUCUGGCACUUGCUGUGCCCUGCCACGUGUUUGCCCAGGCCCUUUGGCCUGGCUCUGUGAUGGAAGAGCCAUCCUUCCUACUCGUGGUUCUGCCCUCACCUCCUGGGUGAGGCAGAACAACCUCAGGGCUUUGUCCCUACUUUUCCCAGCACUGUGCUGAAAGUGACUGUAUUUUUGGGAUCAGGUCAGAGCUCCUACUUCAUCCCUUGRGGUCUAGACUAGCUAGAUCUUUCAUCCUGGCUCAGCUGAGACUCUGCUAGUCACUCCUAUGCUCCUUGGCCUCAAUGCCUGCAGGUUUAGUCUUUUACCCCUGGAUCUGGCUGUAGCCCAGAGGAGGGCAGAGUGAGUUUGGGUUGGGCUGUGUGGCUGGGUCUCCAGUGAGAACAGGCAGGAGUUGGUGCUGCUCUGUGCACUUAGUGACUGCUGCUUUCUACUACAGAUUAAUAUAUAAUUGCAUAUAGAGAAUGACCAAUAAAUCUCCUGUCUUCAGCUGGC